CAUCCAAAGAUUACGCUGUAAAGCGAAUUUUCAAGCAUUGAUUUUUGUUCCUCAUAUUAGAGAGCUUGGAGAUGCUCUUGUCAGCCGCUUAAGGUAUCCUUCAAGCAAAAGUAGAGUGCUUGGUAAUGGCCAUUUGCUGGAUUAUAUCGAUGUGUAUAACAAACAAGAGCCAUGGAAAUUUGUUGUGCUACACCUUCGGUUUGAUAAGGACAUGGCAGCUCAUUCAGCCUGUGAUUUCGGUGGGGGCAAAGCUGAAAAGUUGGCGCUGGCCAAGUACCGGCAAAUGAUUUGGCAAGGAAGAGUUCUUAAUUCCCAGUUCACUGAUGAAGAGUUGAGGAGUCAGGGGCGUUGCCCACUGACUCCAGAAGAAAUUGGAUUAGUUCUAGCAGCAUUGGGUUUUGACAACAGUACUCGGCUUUAUCUUGCCUCCCACAAGGUAUAUGGUGGGGAGGCUAGGAUUUCAGCUUUACGAAGAUUAUUUCCACUUAUGGAAGAUAAAAAGAGCCUCGCAUCUCCUGAGGAACGGGCAAGGAUCAAGGGAAAGGCUUCUUUGUUAGCUGCACUUGAUUAUUAUGUCAGCAUGCACAGUGACAUCUUCAUAUCUGCUUCUCCAGGGAACAUGCAUAAUGCAUUGGUGGGACAUCGAACAUAUGAGAACUCGAAGACUAUAAGGCCUAACAUGGCAUUGUUGGGUCCACUCUUCCUAAACAAAAGUAUGAGUUGGUCAGACUUUCAGCAGGCAGUGGUUGAAGGACAUGAAAACAGGCAAGGGCAGAUCAGAUUAAGAAAAACUAAGCAGUCCAUAUACACAUAUCCGGCUCCCGACUGCAUGUGCCAUGUCUAAGUUGCUCUAGGAUCUGUGACCUUUUAUAGCAACUCAUUACUCUAUUCUUUUGUGAUUAGUAUCAAUAUCAUAAAUAAGUUACAACACCAUUGUCCUGUUAUCAAUUGAACUAUCCAUGUUUUUGGUUAUUACACUUAGUGGAUUGGCGAUGUAAGCAAUGUAGGAUUGGCCAGUUUUUGUCAAAAUCUUCUGAAUCUGAUAUAUUAUUGGACUGCAUUCAGAUUAGAAUAAAAAUAUGUAGUUAUGUGCAA